UUGAAGUUGAAGAAUAAUAAUUACUACAUAAUUACAUUUUGGUUUUGUUUUUUUUUUGUAAUUUGUAAUUUAUUUAUUGUCAUAACGGAAAUCUAUAGGUUACCCCAUAUUUUAGGUCAAGGAAGAUACAUUAGUAUUGAAAGAAACGGUCGGAAUAUAAGACAGAGUAGGAGUGCUAAUACAUUAGUUUAACUAAAUCUAGGUUCUGGUAUAGGGCAGCUGGUUCCAGUGGAUUGCCCCUGCGAUCAAAACACUUUUCCUCUUCGCCGUCGUGUGGUGGGGGAUCACGAAAGAACGGGCACGCUCCAGUUGGCCUUUCGUUAAAUGUUGUUGGAGAUAGACUGAAAGAGUUUCGACAUAACCCCGGCGUAUGAAACAACUUAUACGGUUCUACAAACAUAACAUCCUAAUAUAAUAUAUUGUAAUAAGGCAACACCGUACUUGUUACCUUAUUUUUGCAAGAGCUUAGUCUGCGAGGUACCGACAGACUGCAUUUUAACCAGUACCUAUUUAGUUUGUGUAUUUAGUUUUUAUCAUGGAUUGGAAAAAUCAUGCAAUAAGACAAUGCCCCGCCAGUGUUUUCUACAUACCAAAUUUUAUCACUCCACAAGAGGAAUCCUACCUCCUGGCUCAGGUGGAUAAGACUCCCAAACCACGAUGGACUCAGCUAUCGCACAGACGCCUUAUAAACUACGGAGGAGUUCCCCACCCAAAAGGAAUGAUAGCAGAAGCAAUGCCAGCGUGGUUGCAAGUCUACGUGGACCAGAUAAAUCAAUUGGUCGGAGUGUUCGAGGACGGGAGAAAAGCUAAUCACGUGCUAGUCAACGAAUACCUUGCUGGUCAAGGCAUUAUGCCUCAUUCUGAUGGGCCCAUGUUUCAUCCGACGAUCACGACUAUUUCCUGUGGGUCACACGCAGUUUUGGAAUUCCAUGAGCCGCAGGAAAAUGAGACUGGACCGAUGCCCACAAUACAACGGAUUCCCGUGACAAAAUUGCUGAUAGAGCCUAGAAGUUUACUGAUUCUCAAGGAUGAUAUGUAUCGCAAAUACUUGCAUUCUAUUGCCGAAAUUGAUCGCGAUGUAAUAGAUGGCAGUAUUGCGAACCUUGAAGAAAUCAAGAAGGGUCGACCCGGUAUCGAACUUAAUGAUGUUCUUGAAAGAAACACCCGCAUUUCGUUCACUAUUCGCCAUGUGCCAAAGACAUCGAAGAUGAAAAUAAAAUUGUUUUGAAAAAUGUAAAAGUAUUUUAUAUUAUAUUUUAUUCAGGAUCGAUUGAG